AUGUUCAUCCCGUCUCUCCCGACACCUCAACCAGCUGCGGAAGGUGCAGUGUCCGGCAUUGACCAUGAUGAUUUCACAAUAUCAUCGGAGUCCAUUCCAACUCUUUUCUUCGAGAAUCAAUCUAAAUGGGAGAACUACCUCGAGAGCUCCUACCAAAGCUCCCUGGGUGUCUGGCUGAAGAUAGCCAAGAAGAACGCCGAAAAGCCGACAGUCACGUAUGAUCAAGCUCUCGAUGUGGCACUCUGCUUCGGCUGGAUCGACGGACAGCGCAAAGCCCUUGACGAACAGCACUUUAUUCAGAGAUUCACCCCACGGCGGAAGAACAGUCUCUGGUCAAAGAGAAACGUUGAGAAAACUGCGGCUUUGACACAAGCGGAACGCAUGAGACCAGCUGGACAGGCUGAGAUUAACGCCGCCAAGGCCGAUGGUCGAUGGAAUCGAGCCUACUCUUCUGCGAGCAUAAUGGAAGUGCCUUCAGAUUUUGCGGAGGCAUUGCGAUGCAACAAAGAAGCAAACAAGUUCUUUGAUGCUUUGAAUAAGACGCAGCGAUAUGCAUUCUUGUGGCGGGUCGAGACGACAAAACGCCCAGAAACGAGGAAACGAAAAAUAGAUCAGUUUGUCAAUCUUUUAGCCGAGCACAAGACGGUCUGA